UGCUCCCGCCGCUUGGCGUCGCAACUCACAAGCGGUUGAUUUCUCGGUCGAGCUCACGGAAGAAUUUGCUCGCUGGUUUCGGUCGAAGGCGCGAGGGAGAGUCGUCGGUUCGGAUCGAGAGCUCAAGGCAAGAGAGCCGGUGCACGCACGUCCGUGGUGUGGCCAUGGAGUACUCAGAGAUGCAGGCGGCGCUGCUCAAGGUGGGCGUGUUCGUGCUGGUGCAGGCGCUGGUGUACCUCAUCCUGUCGCAGUCCUCCACCGUGUUCUCGCGCACCAAGAGCCUCGGCCUCCGCCCCGCGCGGUCCCUCAGCGCGCGCCGCAUGCUCGCGCUGCUCUCCGACCUCCCGCCCGGCGGGGAGCCCUCGCUCGUCGCCGGGAAGGGGUCGCCCGUGCUCGCCGACCGGAAGGAGGACUGAGGCCGAUCCAUCUGUGAUACGGUCUUCGGGGGUGGCUACUUACGAUUCUUUCAUUCUUUGAUCGAUUGGUGUGUUGGUUUUGAUCGUUUGUAAGUGGCUUGGAUAUCCAAAUUUAAUGGACUUUUGAUUUGUGCAUA